AUGGCCAUGGCGGCCGUGGGCGUCGGCGGCGCAGUGGCCUCCCUCCUCCCGCAGCGCCGCCGCCGCGGUGGCACCGUCACCUGGAGCGGCGCGGCGGCCUGCAGCGGGCGGCGGCGGGCAUCCGUGGCGGUGCGCGCGUCGUACGAGGCCGGGGUGGGCGUGAUGGCGACCAAGGUGGGGAUGAUGACCUACUUCGAGCCGGAGACGGGGAAGCCGGUGCCGGUGACCGUCGUCGGGUUCCGGGAGGGCGGCAACGUGGUGACGCAGGUGAAGACGGCCGCCACGGACGGGUACGACGCCGUCCAGGUCGGGUACCACGGCGUGCGCGAGGACAAGCUCACCCGCCCGGAGCUGGGCCACCUGGGCAAGGCCGGCGCCCCGCCGCUGAAGCACCUGCAGGAGUUCAGGCUCACCGCCGUCGACAGCUUCGAGCCCGGCCAGCCGCUCGACUUCGCCGACCUCUUCAAAGAGGGCGACCUCAUCGACGUCUCCGGCAACACCAUCGGCAAGGGCUUCCAAGGUGGCAUCAAGAGGCACAACUUCAAGCGCGGGCUGAUGACGCACGGUUCUAAGAGCCACAGGCAGCUGGGUUCCAUCGGAGCCGGGACGACGCCGGGGCGCGUGUACAAGGGGAAGAAGAUGCCCGGGAGGAUGGGAGGGACCAAGACCAAGAUCAGGAAGCUCAAGAUCGUCAAGAUCGACAACGACCUCCGGGUGCUCAUGAUCAAGGGCGCCGUACCAGGGAAGCCCGGGAACCUCCUCCGCAUCACGCCGGCCAAGAUCGUCGGCAAGAACAUCCCCAAGAACUAG